CACAGGGAGAGGGAAGUUGGUCAUAAGGUAAUUGGCAGAAAGAAAACAGGUGGAUUAAAUCAACAGCAGGUGAGUGACAGUGAGAGAAGAUAUCCAAACAUGUUCAAGCUGAACAGCAAGACCAUGUAAGUCUGGCCCAGUGACCACGUGUGAAAGAGGACAAAGACCAGUGAAUCCCCAUGUCUGCUGGAGGGGGCUCCUCCGGCCGCUUCGACCUGGUCAGGGAUGCGGAACCUCACUACGACCAGGUCCCUGUGGGCUCCUUAUGGAGGGACCAGGGCCUCCCUCAUCCUCCACGAGCCCUUGGGGGCCUCAGGGGGGCAGACCUGGCUGUGAGCUCGAACCCUCUGCCCCCCCCUCCCCUCCCGGACCAGCCUCCCGUGGGCCCUGACUUCUACCCCCCUAGCGAUGGCGCCUCAAAGUGCCUGGACGACGACAGCGCGGCCAUGGACAUCAAACCCAUCCACCGAUUAAUUCCUGACUCAGUCAAUAAUUUAUUCCGCGGUAGCAGCAAGCCCUUCUCCUUACCCCCACCCCCCUCCCCGCCUGUGACAGAAAAAGACGACCUCAAACCGGGAACCACUAGAGGUGUCCCCUGCUCCCCUCCCCACUCCCCUCCCCCCUCUCCCUCCCUCCCCGGCUCUUACCUGGACCCGUACGGAGGAUCUGGUGGCAGCUACAACUCCAGAAAAGAACGUGACGCCAUGUUGCUAGGAGCCGAAGCCAUCGAGUCUGUCUCGGGUCGCACCUUCCGCUCGGUCAUGACCUACAGUGAGCGGGUGGAGGAAUACCACCAGCGCUAUGCCUAUAUGAAGUCCUGGGCGGGGCUACUGCGCAUCCUGGGCUGUGUGGAGCUCUUACUGGGCGCGGCCGUCUUUGCCUGCUCGUGCGCCUAUGUGCACAAGGACAACGAGUGGUUCAACAUGUUCGGCUACUCCCAGCCACAGAUGUUCGGGGGUUUAGGGGGUGGCGCGGCGGCCUUCGGGGGCAGUGGAUCGGUUAGCUACACUGGACCUAAGACCCCCUUCGUUCUAGUGGUAGCCGGGCUGGCCUGGAUAGUGACAGUCAUUAUGCUAGUCCUGGGGAUGACCAUGUACUACCGUACCAUCCUCCUAGACUCGUCCUGGUGGCCCCUGACUGAGUGUGUGAUUAACCUGGCCUUGGGUGUGCUCUACAUGGUAGCAGGGUCAGUCUACGUCUGGGACACGACCAGAGGAGGGCUAUGUUACUACCCCGUCUUCAAUAAUGGAGUUAAUGGGGCGUUUUGCCGCACAGAAGCCGGCCAGACCGCAGCCAUUAUCUUCCUGUUUGUUAACAUGUUGGUCUAUUUUGUGGGCACCGGUGUGUGUCUGAAGCUGUGGCGGCAUGAAUCGGCGAGGCUGAGGAGGGAGGGGCUGGCGCAGGAGAUGACAACCAUUGGAUCUUCCCUGCCAAUAUCUGAGCUGGGCGGCUCAAGGGCCUCAAAGCAGACCCCUCUCCCCACCCUCCAGACGAUCCCAGAAGUGUUGGACAGCCACGUUGUCUCUCCAGCCGUCCCUCUGAUGAUGGAGCCAGAGAUCCUCAGAGGACACAUCCCUGCAGGACACAUCCCCAAACCUGUGGUCAUCGCAGACUAUGUGGCGAAGUACCCGACCAUCCGUACGGAGGAGGCGAGGGACCAGUACAAGGCUGUGUUCAAAGACCAGUAUUCUGAGUACAAGGAGCUGCAUGCUGAGGUCCAGGCCAUGGCCAAGAGGUUCGACGAGAUGGACGAACUGAUGAGGAACCUGCCUCCUCGGCCCUCCAGCCAACUGGAGAAGGAACGCAUGAAUACCCUAGUACUGGAGUACCAGAGGAAGAAAGCGGACCCCACAUUCCUGGAGAAGAGGGAGCGUUGUGAGUACCUGAAGAACAAACUGUCCCACAUCAAACACAAGAUCAACGAAUACAACAAGGUCAUGGACUGGAACGAUGGAUUCAGCUAGAGUGAGAGACCUACACAUUAAAGGAGUGGUUCCAACAGCCGUGUCUUUGUGAGACACGGUGUGGGUGAACGGAUUAUCUCUGCAU